AUGGGUUGCUGUGGCUGUGGAGGCUGUGGUGGCUGCGGGGGCUGCGGCUGUGGCAGCUGUGGAGGCUGUGGCUGUGGCAGCUGUGGCUGUGGCAGCUGUGGCUGUGGCAGCUGUGGCUGUGGCAGCUGUGGCGGAUGUGGUGGUUGUGGCGGCUGCUGCGGCUGCUGUGGCUGCUGUGGCUGCUGCGGCUGCUGCUGCCCCACGGUCUGCUGCUGCCGUCACACCUGCUGCCGCUCCUGUGGCUGUGGUAAAGGCUGCGGCUGCGGGAAGGGCUGCUGCCAGCAGAAGUGCUGCUGCCAGAAGCAAUGCUGCUGCUAG